AUGCUUAAUCAGGCUACACCAGUAGGCAAGACUGCUUUCGAUUCAGUACAAGCCAAACAAUCAGCAAUCUUAGCAGGCUACGAUGUCACAGCAGGAGGAAAGUACAAAGAAUUUCUUUCGAAAGUAACAUUUGAUUGGAAGAUGAAGAGACAAACACCUUUGGUGAAUGCUGGGUAUGCAGCUCGCGUCCAAGCGAUCUCCCAGUCAAUCAGCUCUUAUGUGGAGUUUCAUAAAUUCAGGCAGUCAGACUCUAUUCAACUAGUGUUGCUCGGCUGUGGAGCAGAUGUUGUCGGGUUGUGGUCUCAUUCACUUGACCCACAAAGAGUAGUAGUGUUGGAAGUUGACACGCCUGAAAUCUGCUUAUCAAAGAGCGAAAUCUUGACGCGACAAGAGCUAGUGACCGGAAAGCGAGAGGAUUCUGGUAAAUUAGUUGGUACCAUCCAAUCGAGUAGCGAUCGCAACAAUUAUUUCCUCUGCCCGGUCGAUCUUAGAGAUAUUGUCAGACUGGAAGCUGUUGUUGAAGAACACUUGGACGUGAAAGUUCCGACCUUUGUCAUUACUGAGCUGGUUCUCUCUUACCUCAGCCCUCGAGAAACGGAUUCGUUGCUGCGCUGGUGUUCAUCAAAUUUGUGCUCAGCACCAAACAGUUGUUUUGUCGCACUCGAACCAAUGGGAUGUGCCCAAGGUUUGAAUGUGUUGGGGCCAACGGAAGGGUACAGGAGGCAAUAUACCGAUUUAUUCGGGGGGAAGAUGGAACGAGGGCUUUCGUCGAAAGAGGACAAAAUCGGAGGACCCUCCUAUUUUCCGUUGGGGACUUCGUGCAGCGAUAUAAGAACAAGGUUCCAGACACUUGGCUACCAAGCCUUUGUUGCAGACUUGGGAACGAUAGCCACAUAUGCCACACCACCAGGACAGUUCAAUGCUCCUGAAAUUUUUGACGAGCAUGCCGCUCUGGCACUUUACCUCAAGUCCUAUGUUGUUGCAAUCGGAUUCUCACCGCAAUCAGAAGGAUUUAUGCAAAGGCUUGUUUGUCCCUGGCAAUUUGAAACCGAGAUUCCACCCCACAUUUCUGAUUCUGUUGGCAUCGCUGUCAUUGAACGUGGCCACGAAGAAAGCGUGAGAAAUCUAGUGCUACAAGUCUACGAGGAAAAUUUUGAAGAAUAUCCAGUAGUUAAGAAAAUGGUCUCGCGCAUGAUGAACACGGAUCUAGCUAAAUCCGAAGGAGAAGAGGGUGAAGCAACCAUUGCCUCUCGGUAUGCCGAUCGAGGUGGAAUAUUUCUAGUUGCAGUUCAGUAUAAUGGUGCCAAUAGCGAGCGACACGUUGUCGGUUGUGUUGGAGUUCGCCGUUGGGGGCAAAACUCAAAGUCGGCAACAUUGGAAGUAGUUAGACUGGCGGUGAAGGCGUCGUGUCGUGGAAAAGGGAUCGGACGACGACUGCUCCAAAUGGUGGAAAAAUUCGCGAUAGAGAACUAUGAACCACCGAUAACGUUGAUUGCACAAACAAUUUCCAUUCUGGACGAAGCAAAGCGCUUGUAUGAUGCAAUGGGCUAUGAAUUGGAAAAGGAGUCGGAAUUAGGAGGAAACUUGAGCAUGUUGACGUACAAUAAAAUGCUACGGUCAACGUGA